UGUGUGCUAUAAGUGGCGUCUUCAAUAAGAUUUUAAGAAGACUUAGGCCCGGUUCCACAAAAUCGAGUUUAAACCGAACUUAUUUGAACGAACGUUAUAUUUAACGCUAUGGUUAAACUCGUAUUGCGAUCCAUAGCAUGUUUUUAACGACAGUUUAGUUAAACCUAUAAUCUAUACGAAGAAACUCUGUUUCUUGUCGAACAUAAAUUGUGAUUGGUUACUGAUAAAUGAAGACCGGGAAGAUUUAAACAUGCUGAAAUUUUGUACAGGUUAUGUGUACGUGUUAAUAGCUACGGAUUUGCAAGUAGUCUUAAAGAAGUUGUGAUAUACAGAAUGGCUAAGAAUCAAUUAAAUCAGAAGAAGAGACAACAAAAUUUCUCAAAUUUAGAGAAAAUAAAAUUAAUUGAAAUAAUAGAACGCGAAAAAAAACAUUAUAGAAAAUAAAAAGACGGACAAUGUUAGUGUCAAAGAUAAAGAAACUUGUUGGAAAAAUCACAAAUGAAUUUAAUAGCAAUUCUAUCUCAGGACAUCGAGAUAUUACAAGUUUAAAGAAUUGUUGGGAUAAUUUGAAGAAGAAAACUAGAAAAUAUUACGCUGAAAUCCGUAAUGAAGUUUUUAAAACAGGUGGUGGAAAGAUCAAUAUCAUUGAUCCAAUCGCUGAAAGAGUAAAAAGUAUUAUUCAACCAUCAGUUGAAGGUUUACAAAAUAAAUUUGACAGUGAUCAUAUGUCAAACAUAGAUAAUCCUCAGUGCAGCAAACAGUCGAAAAAUGAUGAAAACUGUGAAGAAAAUAAUGAAUAUUUCCAAAUUGAGACACUUGAAGAAGAAAAUUCGAAUUCCUUAAUUUAGGCUGGAUGGACACUAGACACACUGAAAUCUAAGAAGAGUGAAGAAUUGCAGAUCACAAACAGCAAUACAAAUGAAGCUGACAAUGAAUCAUUUUUUUUAGAAAAUAAGGAAAUUCUUGCACAAUUCUAUAAGGAAACGUUCCAGCUUCAAAUAAGG